AUGGUUGAACCAGAAAAACAUUAUCUGGAAUGCAAAGAUAUUUCAUAUAUGACAGCAAUUGCUCAAGGAGGAUCAUGGUUAGUUUCUCAUUUGAACUUAUGAAUUUUGUAAAAGCCUAAUUAAGGUUCUCGAAAAUUUACCGGCCUCCUUCAGUCUUUCAAAUUUUGAAAAAUGUUAGCUUCACAGCUAAAUCAGGUGAAGUUCAUGCAGUUGUAGGAGUCACAGGUAAGAUGUUUUAUUUACUGAAAGUCGCUAAAAAUUUCACAUUAAGAAUCUGGAAAAACAACACUGUUUGAAUCUCUGAGCUCUGGAGUUGGUGGAGAUAUUGGUGGAAUUGCAAUGCUUGAUAAAUUCAUGUUAACAAGUACGGUAACCACUACGGUAAGAUCAUGCAAUUUAUCUGAAUAUCAAAUUUAGAACGUCGGUUUAACAAAUAUUGUGCUUAUUCAAAUUACCGUGUCACUUUUCCUUCAACUCUUUCAAUUCGAUCACUUCUUUAUUAUCAUGCACGACUCUAUCUUUCUUCGAUUUUGACAAGUUUAGAAAUUGAUCAUCGGGUAAUAAUUUGAAAAAUGUUUUAAUUCUGAACAUACGUUUUUCAGCUGAACGAAUUAAUGGGAAUUUUUGAUAUUCUCGGUUAUUCUGAAGAACGUCUCAAAGAUUUAACUGUCAGUGCCAAAAAACGAGUUCUUACUGUAAUUGAACUUUUAAAAGAUCCAGUUCUAAUUCUUCUCGAUGAUCCAAUAUCAGAUUUAACUCCAUUAUCUUCAUAUCAACUAAUUUAUGCACUACAAUAUUAUGCAGCAAAAUACAAUCGAAUUGUUAUUAUUUCUUUAAGAAAUAUUCGAUCAGAUUUGUAUCAUUUGAUUGGUUCAGCCACAUUUCUUUUUUACGGACAAGUUGCUUAUAGUGGACUAAUGAAUAAUUUGGUUGCUCAUUUUAGUAAAGCAGGUUAUGAUUGCCCAAAAAAUGAGAAUCCGGCAGCGUAUUACUGUAAGUUUCUCAAUUAUUUUUUAACCGAUUAGAAUUUAUAUUUUUCAGUAGCACUUUUGACAGUUGAUAAAGAAACAAUGGAAAGUGUGAUGGAAACCCAUGAAAUUGCAACAAAUCUGAUAUCAUUUUAUGAAGAGCAAUCAAAAGAAACAGAAACAACAGCAACAAAUACAUUUCUUGAAAAUUUGCGUAAAAACACAAGAUUUCCUGUGAUUUUUCGAAUUUUAAUCAGUCGAUUUUUGGCAAUUCUAUUAAGUUCUCCUCGAUUAACAUUGAGUUUAUUGAUUUGUUUGCCAAUUUUUGGAUUUAUUUUGUCUUUUAUUUCUUUGCCACAAUCAUAUUUCUUCUGGAAAAAUAUCAGUUUCAUAUAUUUGGUUCUUCAAUUCAUAUCACUUUUACCAAUUUGUAAGUUCUUAUUUUUAUUUCAAUCAAAAUUAAAAUUUGAAAAAUAUUGCAGAUUCUGAAAUGCGUAACUUGUCAUUUCUUGAAAUCACAUGUUACUCUCAAUCUCUACAUACCGUAGUUUUUCUAUUAUUUUUCAUAAUAUUCACUGGUUUUCAAGCAUUUUUGUUCACUGGAAUAUUAAUUUGGUCAACGAGUUUUGAAUUUUAUCUCGAAGUUGGAUUUAUUCUAUUGCUUUUAUCAAUAUUUGGAUAUUCAAUAUUUACUAUUUCUUCGAGAUAUUUCAAAAAGUUCGAAAACAUAAUUUUGGUUCAAACAGUAAUAUUAUUGAUUUUUCAUACAUUUGCAAAUGGAUUUCAAGAUUCCAAAUAUCUACAGUACUUUUCAUUGGCUAACCCAUUUACUUAUUCAAAUUAUAUAUUUUCCACUAUAACUUCUUUGAACUCUACUGAUAUUUGUGAAGGUCCAAAAUAUUAUUGCAAGUAAGUUCGAAUAUUUUAAUUUUUCAAAUUAUUUUUUAUUUCAUCUAUCAGUAUGCUGUCUACUCUUCACAUCGAUCUUUUUCCGUCGCCUUUUCCUUCAAGUUUUCUAA